AUGAAGGAGGACCCUCAGCGGCUGCAGCGAGUGGCUGGGAACCAGGAUCUGGAGAAGUGUGCGGAGAGCCCGCUGCUCACUGGGCGGGUAGUGGCGGCUCUGGCGGCGGAGGAGCAGUAUCGGAAGCCUCCCUACGUCACGGCGCCAGGCCUCACGGGGCGCAUCUGCAUCGUGGCGGAGACGGCCCACGACCUGAAGAUCCGGGACGGCGGCAUGCCGGGCUCCGUGGCGCAGGAGGUCUACGGCACGGAUCGGGCGCCGGCGCCAUCAAUUCGCUCCCUGGGCUUCCUGGGCCCGGGCGCGCUGAAGGCCGCGCUGCCGGCGGCGCUGCAGGGUUUGGCCGCGCCCGGGGGGCUCUUGGCCAACGAGGAGGUGCGGAUUCCGCUGGAGUUCAUGGCGCAAGGACCGCCGCAGUCAUCGAUGCCCCAAGACCUGCGCCGUCCGCACCUGCCGCAUCAGGUGCCAGCUCAGGCCGGCUUCCAGGAUAAGGUUCCUGGCACAGCGGAUCUUCUGAGCAUGGACGAGCCGAAGCGUGCGGCGCCCAGCGGCACCAGCACCAGCUGGGAUCCCUUCGAGUCAGGCCCGGCGGCUCCGGUUCCGGCGGCUCAAAACGCGCCCGCGCAAAGCGCGCACGCGGGCGGCGCUCCGUGGGAGGCCUUCGGUUCCGCGCCCGCGGCGCAGGCGACGGCGGCCGCGGCGCCGGCGUGGGAUGCCUUUGGCUCCACCCCCAGCACCGGCAGCAACGCGCAGUUCGACCCCAAUGCAGGUACAGCCAGAAGUGCUGGCCUGGGCACUGGCAUGAACCCCAUGGGCGGCAUGGGCGGCGUACCCAUGAGUGGCAUGGCUGCGGGCGGCAUGAACAUGGGCAUGGGCAACAUGAACGCAAUGGGCGGCAUGAACCCCGGCGGCAUGAACCCCGGCGGCAUGAACCCCAUGGGCGGCAUGGGCGGGAUGAAUGCCGUGGGUGGGAUGAACGCCAUGGGCGGCAUGAGUGCUGCCGGCAACAUGAACCCCAUGGGCAACAUGAACCCCAUGAUGGGCUGUGGCGCUGGCUGUGGCAACGCGCAAUGGGGCAACUUCCGAGGUGCCGCCCCGGGCGCCCCCGCGGGCGCCGGCGCCUGCGGCGCCUGCGGCGCGUGCGGUGCUUGUUGCCCGGGCGCGGCGGGCGCCCGCGGGCCUGGCUCCGAGGCAGAGGACCUCAUGUCCAAGACCAUGGCGGGAGUGCCAGCCUCGGAAUGCUAA